CUUACAAAAAAGCUCUGACCUGCAUCAAAAAGCCUGUAAAAGAGAUCUUAAACAUACAAAAUAUCAGUAUAAGUCUUUAAACGUCGGUAGAUCUGGUGGACUGAUUCCAUAGACUAAAUUGAAUUAUUAUUUGUUAUUUGGAAUUAUUAAAUUUGUAUGCAGUUAUGAUGCACUUCAGGAAAAUAUUUAAUAUAAUUACGCAGUUCGUUUUCUUAUUGAAGACUUUAAAUGGAAACUUAAGUGUUCAACCAGUUUUUCAAACACUUGAUGACUAUGAAUAUACUCCGCAGAACUUAAAAAGUGAAAGUCAACUGGAGAUUGUUUAUGAAUGGAAAUAUUUGGAUUUCCAAUACUCAACUUUCGUGCAACGACAACAAUCUAUUUUAAAUGGAGACUUUGUAUCAAAAAAUAAUUUACCUUUAGGCAUUGAUGUCCAUAAUAACCGACUUUUUAUUACAACUCCUCGUUGGAAGAAUGGUGUGCCUGCUAGCUUAGGUACACUGCCGUUUCCUCCAAAGGAGUCAAGCCCAGCAAUAAAGCCCUAUCCAAACUGGGAGGCUCAUGGAAACCCAAACAAUCCUGACUGCUCAAAACUGAUGUCCGUUUAUCGAACAGCUGUAGAUAGGUGUAAUCGAAUUUGGCUAAUUGAUUCUGGAGUUGUCAAUGCUACAAUAAACUUAAAUCAGAUCUGCCCACCAAAGAUUGUUGUUUAUGAUCUUAAAAGUGACGAACUGAUUUUUCGGUACAAUUUGGAAGCAUCUCAUGUGAAGCAAGAUUCGUUGUUCUCCAAUAUUGUUGUGGAUAUUGGAAAAGAUUGCGAUGAUGCGCAUGCUUUCGUAUCAGAUGUGUGGAGAUUUGGUCUUGUUGUUUACAGUCUAUCUAAAAACCGAAGCUGGCGUGUAACUAAUUAUAACUUUUAUCCGGAUCCAGUUGCAUCCGAUUUUAAUGUUUACGGAUUAAAUUUUCAAUGGCUGGAUGGCGUUUUUGGAAUGAGUAUAUAUUACAAUAAGAAAAUAAUGCAACGCGUUCUUUAUUUUCAUCCAAUGGCAAGUUUCAAAGAAUUUAUGGUGCCUCUGAAUCUCUUGUUAAAUGAAUCUGUGUGGCAAAGGAAUUCUCAAGAUUACGCCAAGUACUUCAUUUCGAUUGGUGACCGCGGGUACAAUUCUCAAUCCUCUACCUCAGGAGUAACAAGGAAUGGCAUUAUGUUUUUUACCCAAGUUCAUGAAGAUGAUAUUGGAUGCUGGGAUACAUCGAAACCAUACACUCGAGCGCAUUUGGGAAAAUUGCUUAAUUUGGAAAACUCAAAUCUUAUUCAAUUCCCAAAUGAUUUAAAAGUAGACAACGAGGAAGAGCAAAGUGUGUGGCUUAUAAGUAACCGACUACCAAUCUAUCUUUACAGCAAUCUAGACUAUGGAGAAGUAAAUUUUAGAAUUUUAAAGGCGAAUGUAAAUAAGAUUAUAGGCAAUAGUAUUUGUAAUCCGGUUAAUAGUUACAUUAAUAAAUCAAAAUCUGCUUUUAUGUUAAUAGAAGAAGGACAAUGUUAUUGAGAACUUUGUUAAAUAAACUAAUACA